GUCACCCAGGAGAUACGUCCGCCAUUAUUAUUAUUAUUAUUGCGAAGAGGGGCCAAGUGUAAAAAAAAUAUCCGAAAAACGUAACUCCGCAGCUAAAGAUAUGUCAUCACCGAGCCCAGGGAAGAGACGAAUGGACACAGACGUCGUGAAACUAAUAGAAAGCAAAUAUGAAGUCACCAUCCUCAGUGGACUAAAUGAAUUUGUUGUCAAGUUCUAUGGGCCCCAAGGAAGUGCAUAUGAAGGUGGUGUGUGGAAAGUACGUGUUGAUUUACCUGAUAAGUAUCCAUUCAAGUCCCCAUCUAUAGGUUUUAUGAACAGAAUAUACCAUCCAAAUAUUGAUGAAGUAUCUGGAACAGUGUGUUUAGAUGUCAUCAAUCAGGCCUGGACUGCUUUAUAUGAUCUGAGCAAUAUAUUUGAUUCGUUUUUGCCUCAAUUGCUGUCCUACCCAAACCCAAUAGACCCACUGAAUGGUGACGCUGCCGCCAUGUAUCUUCACAAACCAGAAGAAUAUAAGAAAAAAGUUCAAGAAUAUGUGAAGAAAUAUGCUACAGAAGAAGCUCUGAGGGAGUUACAGGAGGACAACUCCUCGUCUAGUGAGAGUUCAAUGAGUGACUUCUCUGAGGAUGAAGCACAGGACAUGGAACUAUGACACCAGGAUGUAUAGACUCAAAACAGACUUUUUUUAAAAUUAAAGCUAUAUAUAUAUAUAUAUAAAUACAGAUAUGUAUACAUAGUUCAUAUGUAUAAGCAUAAUGUAAAUAGUCCAUAUAUAACAUAAUUAUAUUUAUGUAGUCAAAAAGAUGUCUGAAGAAGUCUCUAUUACACUUAUGGUCAUGUUUGAAAUGCUGCUUUUCUUCUCCAACUAGACAAAUGGUGUACAGGAUUAGAUGCUCUGUUUUUAAGUUAAGGAAGAAUUAUUUUAAGCCAGGUGAAAGUGUUUUAUUUAGCGUCACCCUAGAAAGGUGGUACAGUGGCAUUUUCUAAGUUUUAUGAAAAUGUUAAUUGGUAAUAAUACUGUGGUGUUACAUUUUAUUUUAGAAUAACCAAGGCAUCAUCUGUUUUGGAGAAUGAUUUUAAUUGUCAUUGAGUCCUUUAACCCUCAUAGUAGUGUUAGGCUGUGUAUUGGUAGUUUUGAGGAAAAGUGUUUGGAAAGUUGGUCAACUUCCUCUUUCACUUGUGCCCAUUACCACCCUUUAUUGUUCAGUAGGAAACUAUCAUAUCUGCACAUUAACUUGAUAUCUUUUCAAGGUUUUGCAUCAAUGUUUGAGUCACUCAUGGUUUAAAUCACAGUCCCAUUGAUGGUGUUAACAUUUCUUGAAGUUUCCAUAAUUUUGCAGAAUUAGUAAGCAUUGCAAUGUUUGUGCAAUUUGUGGAAGUGUACUGAUCAGUGAAAGAUAUAAGGUACGGAUCAAGACAAGCAUCCAGUUUUCCAUUCUUCCUUUAGAGAAUGGUGUCUCAGUAUUACAAAAAAAGAAAAUUAUUACUAAAUCCAUUAUUUUAAUAGUUUAUCAUUGUUUUGUGAAAGAUACAUCAUUUCCAAUUCUCUCAAGAACACUUCCAUGAAUCAAAGUUGCUUCUCAGAGCUUAUGUCCUCUUUUUUUUUUCCUUCAAGCAUAAUCAUCAAAAUAAUGUUUUGGAAAGGCAAUAAAUAAAGCUUGUCUGAAUUAAGUACAAUGAACAACUUUUCUACAUAGUACUGAAGGUGCCCAAGAUAAUUGUAUUUUACAUACUGGCCUUAGUGUCAAGAAUGAGUAGAUUUGAACACAAGUGUUGUGUUUAAGUGUUUUUCACUUGAAAAGGUGGUUUUGGUUGGUGUGUUGUAUAUAACUCAGCUGUGUUGAUUUUUAGUGUAUUCUAUUUAUCACUUGCCCUUCAGUAGUGGAGCACUAUCAUGAGCCUAGUGCAUUGCUGUAUUUGGUUAAAUUGACAUGCUUGAUGCUUUUGUACAUUGUAAUAUAUUUUUAAUUUAUAUUAAUAUACAUAAUAUAAAAUAUCAGUGUAAGCAAAUUUUGUAUAAUGUAUAAUCUAAAAGUUGCCAAUAAAAAAGUAAAACUGGUUUAA